AUGCGAAGGGAUAGGUAUGGACGAACUGAACCAACACUGGUUGAGAGAAAUCCUCUUAUUUGUGUAGUUGGGGUCCCCAAUCACACUACCUACGCAGAUUUCUGUCAGUUCUGUGGUCCAUUUAUUCAGAACAUGUUGGAAAUGCGAAUUGUGAGGUUGGUUGAUCAUGGAUUGGAGGAUCGCUACAGUGUGUUGAUCAGGCUUGAUGAUCAAAAUGCAGAUUAUUUUUACAAGCAGUACAAUGGAAAGUGUUUUUCGUCACUUGAGGAGGAGACCUGCCGCAUGUUCUUCACUGUAGAUAUACAAUAUACUGGGUCAAUUGAGCACUCACAACCUUCCUCUGCAAGCUUUACAGAGCUGCCUACUUGUCCAGUUUGUCUUGAGAGACUGGACCAAGAUACUGAUGGGAUUCUCACUACAAUCUGUAACCACUCCUUUCACUGCUCUCGUAUGUCUAAAUGGACUGAUUCUUCUUGCCCGGUAUGCCGGUACUGCCAGCAACAGCCUGAAAAAUCAGUAUGUUAUGUUUGUCAAACUUCAGAAAAUCUUUGGAUGUGUCUUAUUUGUGGUUUUGUUGGCUGUGGGAGGUAUAGGGAAGGGCAUGCCAUCGGUCACUGGAAAGAAACUGAACACUGCUAUUCCCUUGAACUGGAAACACAACGUGUGUGGGACUAUGCUGGUGACAAUUAUGUUCACCGAUUGAUACAAUCUAAAACUGAUGGAAAAUUGGUUGAGCUAAAUCACCACUGUGCCUGGCAUUAUGAUGGUUCUAGUAAGUCUGCGGGACAGAAAGACACUUUGGGUGAUGAAGUUGAAUAUAUAAAGAGGGAGUACAAUGAGCUUCUUACUUCUCAACUUGAAAGACAGAAAAAUUAUUUUGAGUCAUUACUGCAAGAAGUUGAAGACGACACUGAAAGAGAAUCUUCCUUAGCUAUUGAAAAGGCUUUGAGCGAAAAUACAAAACUGCUGAAAUUGCAAAAGAAGCUUGAUAAAGGCAUUGAACAAAAGAGAUUUCUUGACGAGAUCAAUGAAAAUCUUCUAAGGAACCAAAGCAUUUGGGAAUCUAAGAUAGAGGAGACCGAACGAAGCCUUCAUCACUUCCUUAAGAACUUUGUUAGACCUAGGAACUGGUGAUUCAAGUCGGUUGAU